CGCCGGUUGGCUCCGUGUUCUGGCCGCCGGUUCCGGGUGCGCCAGCGCGCCGACAUGGCGGGCGGCGGCCGCGGGGGUGACAAGUUCUCGGUGCUGCUGCCCACGUACAACGAGCGGGAGAACCUGCCCCUCGUCGUGUGGCUGCUGGCGCGCACCUUCCGCGACAGCGGAAAGGAUUUUGAAAUUAUCAUCAUAGAUGAUGGGAGCCCCGAUGGGACACAGGAAAUUGCUGAGCAAUUGGAAAAAAUAUAUGGAUCAGAUAAAAUACUUCUGAGACCCAGAGCAAGAAAGUUGGGCCUCGGCACUGCGUAUAUUCAUGGAAUGAAGCACGCCACUGGGAAUUUCAUUGUUAUUAUGGAUGCUGACCUCUCUCACCACCCAAAGUUUAUUCCAGAGUUUAUCAGAAAGCAGAAAGAAGGCAAUUUUGAUAUUGUGUCUGGAACAAGAUAUAAAGGAAAUGGAGGAGUAUAUGGCUGGGAUUUGAAAAGAAAAUUAAUCAGUCGUGGUGCCAAUUUUCUGACUCAGGUUUUGCUGCGACCAGGUGCAUCAGACCUAACAGGGAGCUUCAGGUUAUACAGAAAAGAAGUCUUAGAGAAGCUAAUGGAAAAAUGUGUUUCUAAAGGAUACGUCUUCCAGAUGGAGAUGAUUGUUCGGGCUAGACAGUUGGGAUAUACUAUUGGAGAGGUUCCUAUUUCAUUUGUGGACCGUGUCUACGGAGAAUCUAAACUGGGAGGCAAUGAAAUAGUCUCCUUCUUAAAGGGGCUCUUGACCUUGUUUGCUACAACGUGAUAGUUUAUCCUAAAUUAACUUUUUUAGGAAACCCUUUUCUGACAUCUGUGUGGGUUUUAGUACAUAAUAGCAGAAGCCUGAUAAUUUGUGUGGUGACCAGAAGACCUUCUAUAAACUAACAGUUAAAUAAACCACCAGUAAUGAACUACAUAUGUUGUACCCCAGAAUGCUCCUUUCAAAAUAAAUGAACUGAAUGUUAAACUAAAACCUAAUAAAGACUAAUGCUCUAUUCUAUUUUUGUAACAAUAAUGAAGUCUUAAUAAAGAACUAAUGAUCUUUUGCA